CGUGAAACCAGUAGGAACUCAGACCAUUACAUUUUGACUCCUUCAGUGCCGUCUCUCUACUUUGCGAGGGUCUUCGGUGGUCAUGGAGAGCUCCUCUUCCCUGCCGUAUGAGCCUAAUCAAACGACUGGUGGCGCUUCUAAGUUUCUCGCCAAUCUUCCCUCUCGCGGCCUUUUCUCCUCCACCAUCCUGUCCUCCAAUCUGGGUGGGAUGCGCGUCUACAUUUGUGAGCACAACACCUCACCUCCAGAGGGUCAGAAGAUUCAGACAAACCAACAAAACAUACUUAUUAGAUCGCUUUUGCUUAAUGGCAAAAAGGGUGAUUCCAGUUCGAAGGAUGUGAAGACUGCACCCGAUGGCCAUAGAAAGAGGCCUUCCGAAAGAGCUAUAGAUACCAGGGCUUCAGCAAAGAAAGCAAAUACUAAUAUUUCUCGACCAGAGGGAUCAAAUGGACGUGCAGCUGAAAAUAACUUCCAAAAUCUGACCGUAGAGAGGCUCCGAGCCCUUCUUAAGGAAAAAGGUCUUUCACCCAAGGGAAGAAAGGAUGAACUGGUUGAACGCUUGAGAAGUUUAAAUAACUAAGUUCAGUUAAGGUAGUUGAGCCCUCUUCGCAUGUACACAUUGAAAGCAAGCUAGGAGGUGAUUUGUAAUAUAGGAAGAGGCCGGAAAAAUAAGGGUUAACAUAAGAAUAGUGCUUUAUGGGGGGAAUGAUUUAAGUAUCAUAGGAAGAGAAUGAAACAUGCUGACCCUAAAGCCUCCAUUUUGUUGUUUUGUUGUCAAAUAUUAUUUGUUGCUUUUGAUUUUGAAGUUGUAUGUGAAGUCGCACUGUGGUUUACUGUUAUGGACACUUCACCUCUAAAUUUUCUUCAAGUAUAAUGAUGUGAGGGUCAACGCUCAAGGACUUCAAGCUGUUCAAUGAGUUAUUUUUCCCUAAUUUAGUACCUGGACUUGUUUAAUAUAAUUGAUAAUUGGAG